AUGCAAGGGGAAAGAAUCCUCAAAUCACUUCUAAACAGAGAGAUAGAUGGUCUUUAUGAGGAUACGAAGGUAAGUUGAUCAAACUUAGCUGUUUGCUAAAUUUAAGCUGCUGAGAAAUUAUGGUAGCUUAAUUGAGGACGCUUUGUAGCUCAGUUAGCGAAGGUACUUACGAUUUGUAAGGCUACUCACUUUCAAAAACGUUUCCUUGAAUAAAAAUUUAGUUCAUUUCAAAGCGAGCGUCUUGUUACACUCUAGCUUCAAUUGCAAGAAUCGCGCGCAUCUACAUUCAUGAGCAGGUCAUAGAAUGAGUGUCACUUGAAAGCGAUCCUCAACUUAAUAAAUUACACUUAUUUUAGACGUCUUUUUUGCCAAAGCCUCUCAUUUUUCUUAACUCCAUAUUUUAAAUGGUGUAGCCUUCACCCUUGAUAUGUUGUUUUUAAUAUUGUUUGGUGGAACUUGCAGAAUUAUCUUGCUCCACUGCAAUGUCCGCUAAAGAACAAAAAUGGCUGCCAAGCAGGAGGCAAAGCCACAGAGGAAACUGUAUCAAAGUACGCCGUUUUUUGUACGAAGUUCCUAAGGUGUGCUAUAGAGACCUUGAAAAAUGUAAAAGCCAAGGGAAAUGACCUUAUUGAGGUCACAGAUGCCUUGAAACUAGGUAAGAUGAAGCAUGUGAACAUCUUUAGUUGCUGUUUGGGAGUAAGGUCUUUUCUGAGUUCCUAAAAUAAGCUUAAUGCUUACUCUUAAAAUGGGACCAGCUUCAAAACCUUACUAAUGAAAUUCUACUUAUUUUUAGUGCUACAUUGUCAAUGUGGUAUUUCCAGCUCAAAUGACUAUCCAGUAAGACACCUAGAUAUUUUACAUGAUCCUUACACUCAAGGGAAGUAAGAAUGUGAUUACUAUUAUCAACAAUAAUUGGAAUAUUGACCGAAUGGUCCAUCUUACGUUGGUGAGGACAAAAGAUAACAAAGUUUGAUUUUUUAGCAUUUAAUGUUAGCUUAUUUGCAUUGAGCCAGUCCGAGACUCUGACCAGUUCGUUAUUGACCAUUUUUUCAAGAGAUUUAAGAUUUUUGUCGGCAUACAACAAAUUUGUGUCAUCUGCAAAAAGGUAAAACGAAAAUUUCGCUGAAGAAUAAAACUUUACAACCUACUUAUGGUCUGGGACUCCCAGGUAGAUACAACACAUUUCACAAUGCAAGGAAAUAGCAUUUUCAACAUGUUGUUUAAGUAGGGCACAACAAAGUGCUGUCUGAUAAUCCAGAGCCAGUAAGGCUUAAAUAUGGGUCAAAUAUAAGUUGUCCAAUAAGCAAACCACAUUUGCUUUAAGUGUGAGAUUAAUAGAGGGCUAUAAAGUUGCAUGUAACUUGCAAAUUGUUCUGUUCAUAUUUCAGUGGGGACACUUCUCAACAACACCUUAUCACUCCAUCAUGGAAACUACCUGAAGUUUAUUCCUUCAGUAGAUCAGCUUGCUAAAACACUUUACCUUAUUGUUGCUCAGCUCAUUGCCAAGGCACAGUUUGAAAGGGCUCUGGAUCAUGCUAAUGACCUAUAUAAAUUCAUCCAGCUUCUUAAGGCGUGGAAGAGCUACGACAGUGAAAAGAUGGACAAGGAAAUUGGAUCACUUUGCUUACGUUCAUCUGAUUUGUUACUUCAAGGAGGAGGGAAGUUAGAGGAGGCAAAAGUACCUCCAGGGGAAAGACCAUCUCACUUGUGUGUUGUGUUAGAAUGGAGAAAGCUCUCAUUACUUUUUCAAGCAGAAGCAAAUGUACAUUCUUCACUAAAAUCCUUGGUAGAUAGAACUCUGAAAUGUGGGACAAAAUUUCAAGUGGAUUGUGGGCUCAAGAAUGUUGAUUUUAAAACCUUAGCAAGCUUCUUUAAAACCAUUUUUAGUGCACUCAUGAACAAGCAAGAACAACUGAUUGCAAAUGGACGAGAAUUUACAUUUCUCUUGGCUGAACUUGGAUUUCAUUAUGGAAGAAUUUGCAAUAAGGCUGGAAACUCAACAGAAGCUUUGGCUGUGUUUGAUAAACUGUUGAAAACUGCAGGAAAUGAAAACCAUUGCAAAAAUGGACAUUUUAAACUACAAAUACCUUCACAAGUUUGUUGCUGUGUGUGUCUAGUCUGCAAGGCAGCUAUUUUGUUGAACUCCACUAUAAAAUCUCAAACUCAAGAAUCUCUUCAGCAGAUGUUAUUCGAAAGUAACCGGCUAAUCUCCCAGAUCCUGAGGUGUAGCACAUUACCUUCGCCAAUGUUAAAAUUACUUUCAGACUCCCUGGAGUACUUCAGAAUUAAUUUGCAAAAUGAAAGUAGCAAAAAGAGUAAGGAAAAAUCACCUACUCUUUCAUUGAAGACUCUCCAAGCAACAGUACAAGUGCUGCAGUCUUACAUCUCAGUCUUAUCUUUGCAGUGUGAGCGGCUUAAAUCAGAGCUGCUUAAAUCCAAACAUGACGAUGUCUUGGCACAGCUAAAACAACAGGCUCUAAAGACCACAGAACGGCAAAUGACAGUAUUUAGUUUUGUUAUUUCUUCAUAUCAAGAUCAGUUGAGGAAUGAAAAAGAUGCAAAAAGUUCAAUCAGGGAUUCAAGGUCAGUAGUACAGGUAUCGCAAAACUUUAAAACAGUUAACUACAGUGUACACACUGUAGUUUAAGGAAAGGAUUAUGUUGUGCUUUUAUUUCUCUUUGUUUUGGGGCAUAUUAAUAGAUGAAAAUGAGUGAAAAACAAAGGGAAACAGUGUGCAAAGAAAGUAGCAUCUGAUAGCCCGCGGCUAGUGGAUUUUGGCAUUGGGCUAGUGAAUUCUGUUCUUAACUUGCCCGAUGGGCAAGUGAAGUAUGUUGAGGAAUUCAACUUACAGAAGAACUGUGAAAUCAAUUCUGCUCAUCAAAAAAAUUGAGGGGUUAGUUGAAAUGACGUUUGGGCUAAUAAAUGCUAGCUUCAGCUUGCCCAAAUGACAAGCUGUAAAAAUGAUUUUCUUUGCACCCUGGGAAAUAAAAUUUAAACCAAGGAUAAAUUUGAACCAUAACAUUAUACAUGUAACACUGCUCAAACUUUUAUUGCAUAUCCAGUAUCCUCAACUCUUGCCAAUCAGCCUACCGAUUCUUGAAACAAAAUUACAAAAUAAUAUCUCUAGAAUUUGUCUUUGUGUUACACACAAAUGGGGAUGUACACUUUAGGCAAUAUCUCUGACAAGAUGGCAUUUUGGGGAAGAUGUACCGUAAGUAGUCUGGGUGUGGGAAGGUCCUUGGAAAGAGACUAAGAGAAAUCUAGUAAGAAUAUCUAUAAAGAAUAGGGGAAUGAAUGAAUGUACAGCUGUUGGUGGACCCUUACAAAGAACUACAGAGGUGAAUGUUACUGGGUAUCAAUCUUGAGAGAGUUUACUGUGCUGUUAAUGUUAACACAUUCUUUAUUUACAUUAUGCAGAUGUGAGAUCUUUAAGGACUGUAUUCCAGUAGUGGAACAAGCAAACUCUGUAAUUCAUUCUGCCCUUGAUGAUCCAGACAUCCCAUUGUCUCCAAACGAGCUCCGCUGGCUAGGCUGCAAUGUGUUCAAUUUGGGCUGUGUGUCAUAUCAGAGAGAUUGCUUUACUGAAGGAGUUCCUCUGUUAGCUAUUGCUUGUGAAGAGCUGCGAGUAUGGUGCUUUAAUGGCAAGACUGAUGAGGAAAUUCUUACAAGGAUUGUGGAGGUAAUAUGGCCUUAAGCCUUGUAAUUUUUCUAACAUACUGUGUGGCAUGAAAUGUUUGUGGGAGUUUGCAACUUUUGUGUUUUGCGGGAUCAAACAAUGCUACAGUUUGUGUACCCUACACUGUAUGUAAAACCAGUAUAACAGAUUACUUUUCUUUGUCAUUCGAUUAAAGUAACAUCUGGGAUGACUGAUUGUUCUGAUUAUCAAUUGGAAGAUGUUAAGUUGCAAAAUAUUUACUGUGGAGAAAUUUUUUGCAGGAAAAAUGUGUGUUUGAAAAAUCGCAAAAAUUAGAACCCACAAAAAUUUCGUGCCACAAGGUAAAUGAUGUACCAUUUUGACAAGCCCCAAUAGAGAUGAUUACCAAAUUUAUCCUUUGUAUAAUACUAGUGCUCACCAAUCAUUUUUUUCAUAUUAGGUAUUAAAUACUUGUGAUUCAUUUUUUUGCACUGUGCAUAAAAUGCCACAUCAAUGAUUUUCCUUUUUUCUGAGAAAUGGAAGCAAACACUUGUGAUGUUAACCCACCAAAUGGGUCUUACAGUAAUCUGUCCUGUCAUGCCAUCAUUAAUAAUAUAACUGAUUUCUUUUAGGUGAAGCUCCUAACAAAAUUUGCACUGCUGACUGACUGUCAGCGACGAGCCAAACAGAUGGCUGGUGCACUGACAACAGCUACCACUCAGGUUCUCAUGGCUCUUCAAACUGGUUCUGAUGCAAAUGUCUUGAGGCAGCAGAUCAAACAAUGGACCACAGUGAAACAUGAGCUGGUGAAAAGUAUGCAAGAUGAAAAGAAACAAGCUGAAAGAUCAAGGUUUGUCAUGAAUUUUCAUUAAAAAAUUACUUUUGAUUAAAACCACACACGCACCACUGGUUCAGAAUACAUGAAUAUGUCAUAUUUUUAUUACAACUGCAUGAAUCCUUCAGUGAGGUGCUCUUUUCUAAAAAGUAUGAGAUUCUGUUAGUCCAAAUACGUCAUGUGAUGUCUUACCUGUCUUUCUAUUUUUCUCUGUUUACCAUAGAACCCUGUGCAGUGUUUUAGCAGAACAGAAAGAUGCUGAAGAUAUUAACAGCAGUCAGCUUUGUUUAGUUCUUCAGGAAGAGCUUGCUUCCUACAAGGCAAAGAAGUAAGUUCUCAAAAAGACAGAUAUCAGAAGGUUUCUGGAUUUGUCGCAGAAACAGGGAAAGAGUUCCUCAUUUUAAUUGUCCAUUUAGCUCUUUUAUUACCAUACAAAAUAGUAUGAACAAGAUCCUGGAAAGAAAUAAAUACAGUUAAACUGGGAAAACCAUGAACACCAGAAAUAUUUCUGGAAUGCUAUUGUCUUGCAAGAGAAAAGCCAAUCAGGCCUUCGUUUUCAUGGGCUAUUGACUCAGAGCCCAUUCGGGCUCGAGGAAUAAUUGUUAAAUACCCAACAACUUUACAUGUAUGCAGAUGAUGAGGUUCCUAAAAAAGUUCUCUUCUAUUUCAUUUACAGUACUCAGUCUCCCAAAAAUGUUUUGUCCUUUAUACAUGUGUAUUCAAUUAUCAUUUGAGGGGUUGAUUUGAACCCAGGAGUCGCUUCAUAAGUGCGUACAAUAAUUAUGAUUGUCGGGGUGAGUGUUGUCCUGAAUAUAAUGACUGUUGCUGACUCCAACGAAGAUAAUCCUGGGUUAUCCUUUAUCCCAAUUCUGUUUUGAACCACUCUGGCCAAUUGAUAUUGUACACCAUUAAGUGGUCUAUUUUUUCUCUUAUUUCCAGUUAUGACACCACAAUGGAGCAAAUUUCUGUCAUCAGACAGCUUAUGGAGCUGUACAUUAUCCAAGAUGAUGAGUUUCAUUAUGGUUCAGUGAUGCUUGAGCUUGGUGUGGCACUGCAUGGCCUUGGAGACAAAGAUCUUGAGGAGGAGAAGUGAGUCUAAAGCUUAUGUGUGUUCUGGAUUAGUAUGUGGCAUUUUGUCUUACAUUUAGGUAAAUGACUUUGGAAUAGCAAAAAUACAUUAACAUCAAACAUGCUCUUGUUUGAUCACAGAGUGUAACUUGAGGUAAAGUUAAGGGACAUUCAGCCAGCUGUUUUGUUACAAUGUCAUUCAGGGUUAUAUGGCCCAUUAUGAAGCCAGUCACUUUAGUAUUACUGUAAUCUUGACUGUUUUUAUAGGCAAAGUCAUUUUUUGAAAAGAGAUUUUUCUUCACUUGAACUUUACACAGUACAGACUGAACACAAGUGACGCAUUGUGGUAUCCAUUCUCUGUGGAUUCCAUGCUCUUGUGAUAAUUGAUGAUAAAGUGUCAUCAAGGUUGUUGAAGUGGAGAAGGAUGUCUCAUGGUUCACAUCUCUAAUUGGGCAAUACCCCAAUCCCCAGCCAGCCCUCAACAAAAGCCCUAAACAUUUUGAUAUUCUUUCCUCUAGGUCUGCACUUGAGUGCUGUCAAGAGGCAGCUGCAAUUCUGGAGCAGCUGGCAGACACAGCAGCUAACACAGAUGACGACAAAAAUCACCUGUCACUUGUGCAGGACAGACUUGCUGCAGCAUAUUUAUGGCUUUCAUUGUUAGAGCACAAAGCAACAAUGGAAGACAAACCAGAAGCAAAAUCAGCAGAGGAGCUCAGUGAUAGUUAUGACACAGAGGAGGUACUUGUACGUAAAAUGUUUUUUUUUCUUCAGAGGGUAUGCAAAUCUGGCCCCAGUUGUUCAAAAUGUGGAUAAUGCUAUCCACUGGAUAAAUCACUAUCCUGUGGAUAGCACAAUUAUUGUUUGUUAUUUGAUCCACUGACUGGAUAGUGAUUUAUCUGGUGAAUAGCCCUAUCCAACAUUUGAACAACCAGGGCCAGAAAUAUAUGGGAAUGGGGGGGGUGGUCAGGUGUGAUAAAGUGUACCCCUUGCUUAUAGUUGUAUUUCCUUUUGUAAUUACAUAAUGAACUUAUUCCUAUAUAAUUUGACUUCUCUUUUUAGGUUGAAGGGAUAUGUCUGCAGCAGCCAUUUAUGUCAUCCCUUCAUUCAGCAUUGGAAAUGUGGACAGUGGUAGCAAAUAGAUCAGUGCAAGAAGGGAAAGACAGAAAGGUAGAGUUGGGGCAUUAUGCAGUUUGUGUUUUUUAUGAUUCAUGUCUACUGGGUCAGAGGCAAGAAAAGAGAGCACUUCUUUUUUUCUCAUCCCGUAAAACUUACUCACAGGUUAAAACAUGAAAAGUUUGGAAACUUGAUUAGUCUGCAUAAAUACUAUAGAUUACAUUUAUUUAAGCAAUAUCUGUUGUUCUUUUUGCAGAUUGACUUGCAACACUUUGUUAACCCUGAGGAAACUUGCCAUUACCUUCUGAUUAUUGCUGGAAUGUUUGGACUUGUCAACCAGGUAAACUGAAAGGAAACAGAAGGCUGUUUCUGGGGACUGUCUCAUGGAACAAUAACUGACACACGCUGUGUUAGGUUCUUUCUGCUGAUGAGUUCUAAAAGAACAACAAUAACAGUGUAGUAUGUUAAAAAAGCAGUGCUCAUCAAAAAAAUCAAAACAUGUUUUCAAUGAAAGACUAUAAUUAUAAAUACAAGUUAAUCUCAAGAUUAAAUAACUUUCUAAAAUUAGUUGCUGAGGGUGAAAGGAAUCGUAUCAACAUCUGAAAAUCAUGCAUUAUCUACUUCAGUGACUUGCAGCGUCCCUUGGGAAACUACUUUAUAUCUUAAUGUGUCCUUCAGGAGUUUGAAAUAAUCUGGAGACAAAAUAUGCAAUUGUGCUUCAAAUAAAUAAACCCUCUGGGUGCUUACAGUAGGAGAAGGAUUUACGGUAAACUGUUUUCCUUGCAACCAUUCAUUGAGUAAUUUUUAACUUUUUACAGCCAUUCAAGAAGGUGUGUGCUCUUCAUCUUGCUGCUACCAUUGCCCAAACGAUCAGCACUAACAGUAUGCUGGAUAAUAGAAUAUCUGCCUGUAGUGAAGCUGUUCAUACUCUCUGUUAUGUACUGGACAUUUCUCAUGCUAGUCUUCUGCUGCAUCAGACCAGUGAUGUGUUGGAAACCCUUGAACCAAGUGGAUCAGUUAUGGUCCAGUUUCUGUUGGCAAAGGGUCACUAUCUGUUAGUCGCAGGAAAGGUGAGCUAAUAGACCUUUUUACCGAUACGGCGGCCAUAUUGAAUUAAUUCGAUUUAAGGAGUAUUAUAGGAUGCCCAGGGGGCAUGAGCACAUUUCGUUUGUAUUUUUGAGCGCUUUUCGGGGCAUUUUUUCUGGAAUUUUUCUUAGAAUAAGAUUGUAAUGGGAAAAAAGAUCCCUGUGCCGUGUUUGGAUGUAAUAAUGAUCGCCUUUUUCCCGAGAAAUAUACAGUGAAAGACCAUAUUUCUAAUACUAAACUAGAAAAAGGCGAUCAUUAUUACAUCCAAACAUGGCACAAGGAUCUUCUCUCCCAUUACAAUCUUAUCCUAAGAAAACUUGAAGAACAAAUGUCCCUAAAAGUGCUCAAAAAUACAAACGAAAUGUGCUCAAGCCCCCUGGCAUCCUAUAAUACUCCUUAAAUCGAAUUAAUUAAAAAUAUGGCCGCUCUAUCGGUAAAAAGGUCUAUUGUUCCAGAAUCAUUUUUUUGCUUCAUUCCUUUAAGCACGAGGGGUAAUGAAUACUAUUAAAAACUGAAUCAUAUUGGCUAGCCAUCAUGGUAUAUGAGCUAUAUACCAUGCUCUCCAAAUAAGGUAACUGUGCAGUUGUAUACGUCUGCUCAAAAUUAAAAACUAGCUGAAAAUUGGUUGUUUUUACAAAUGGAAUCGGAAAGAAUUCUCAACAUUUUGUGGGCAUUUUUAAUAAAACAAUUAUUCCACUCACGAAUGUUAAAUAAGAGAUGAUUAAAAUGGAAGGACAAAUUUUUAAAUUUAGUAUACUAUAAUACAGAGCUUCUGAGUCAGUGUCUUCAGAUUAACUGCCUGGUUACAUAAAGGCCCAAACAUUUUCAAUUUAGGAUUCAUUGGUUCUGGACUGGGACUCAUGAUUUUUCACAAGAUGAGUCCCAGGACUCACUAUAACAUUACUAUUUGUAACAAAAUCCCUAUACACACAGGUGCCCUGGAUUUCACAAGUUCAGAUCACUGGGUUUCUGUCAAUGUUUUCGCAGAGCACAGCCUUGCUACCAGUCCCUGCCUCUAAGAGUGUAACCUCACAUUUAUCAGUAUCUGAGUGACUGUUUGUUUUCCUCUAAACUGAACAUAAUUAUCUGUUACUGUGUUUAGUACUCAGAGGGAGAGCAGUGUUUAAUGGAAGUGUUACAGAGUGAUGCUUUGACCCAGAAGAGCUACAAGUCCCACUUACUGAAGGCCAGAUUAAUGUCUUUGUGUGCGAAAUACUCCAUGCUCCCAGCUAAACUCCACAAAUUCAGCAUUACUCUGGGUGAGUUGAAAACUCAAUUUAAUAAUUUACCAGUAAUAUGUUGUUUUAGUAUUCUAGUAAUAUUUACAUUGUAUAUUCUAGUUAGACCAACAUCACAAUGAGCAUUAUGUACCAACGGUUUAUUUCUCUGACAAAAUCAAAUCUAAAGUUUUGCAUCUUAUGAAUCCUGGGCCAAAAGUAUAGUCAUGGGUAAAAUUACAUCACGAUUUUUUAGGUUUUAUGAUCUCUGCAUUUCUUUGCUUGUGGAUCCGAAGAAAGACCAGGAUUUCCUGUAAAAAUAUGAGGCCAACCAUCUCACCACCUCAGAUUCUGCAAGUACCGCUGGAAUACUCGAGAAUCCAUUCUCUUGAAGAAAUUUAUUUGGCUGAGAAAAGUCAAAAAGCAUUGAUAGUUCUCAAAACAUAUAUUUGCUUUAAUUUACGGUUCGGCAGUUGACAGUUUUUGAUCUUGGCAUCUUUGACGUAUAGCAUUGGAAAAGGUGGCUGUCUGACAUCCAAACCAUCAACUGUCAAAGGAAAUCUUUUUGAGAUUUUUUGAUUUCCCAACAUUUCCCUAAGAAAUCCAAAAAUCUGAGAUCAAUUAUCUAAUUUUGGGCCCCUGCAUGGAAAUGUACCAAACUUGUCAUUGUGUGGUUACAUGUAACAGAGGAACGAAUAAUGUCCUGAACACUGAAUUUAGUAAGGUGUCCAUUAAGGGAAUAUUAGGUACGUUGCUUUGGGAUGAUCAGGAUCAGUGAUUCGAGAUCACUCCGAUCAUUGAAGAUCAAAUGAACUGAUGAAUCCUUGUUCAGAGUGGAUUCAUCAGUUCAUUUGAUCUACUAUGAUCCGAGUGAUCUCAGAUCACUAAUCCUGAUGCGGAUCAUCGCAAAGGAACGCACCCAUUGACUCUAUCAUGAAUGAUCUUGCUCUUUUGUGAAGAUCCUGUUGUUGGUUCACUUACUUCUUUGGAAUGUGCUCUUGAUGGAUUUCACAAGUUAAGCCACAUGGCUGAGGAGGUGUUUGGAGAGGAUGUGUUCAGCAGUGGGCGGAAGAAGGGCAAACAAUAA